AUGAAAAAUAUUGGUUGGGAUGACCCAUUGCCUACCAAGUUACAACUGGCGUGGGAGAAGCUGUUCGGCGAAAUAGAAGAUCUGACGACCGUACAGUUUCCGAGGUGCCUACAACACAAAGAUUCGGUUGGUUUAUCAGAGUUGCACGUAUUCGCUGACGCAAGCAUCCUUGCGUAUGGAGCCGUAGCUUACGUUGUUUGGUCACGCACAAAUGGGAUAGAAGUCCAUCUCAUAUCAGCCAAAGCGAGAGUUUCACCCCUCUGUCAGACCACCAUACCCCGAUUGGAACUUAUGGCAGAUUUGUUGGCAUCAAGACUAGCGAAGACCGUGUGCGACGAGUUUAAAAUCAAACCCAGCGAGGUGAUAUUGUGGUCAGACUCGAUGAUUGUCCUAGCUUGGCUCCGUUCAGAAUCGACCUCACUUCAACCGUCUGUAGGCGUGAGAGCAGCAGAGAUUCAAGCAACGUGGGAAUCUGGCACUUGGGAAUAUGUCCCGACUGACCUAAACCCUGCAGACGACCUUAGCAGAGGUAUUCCCGUCACGAAGGUUAACGAGCGUUGGAUGAACGGUCCUUCGUUCCUCAAAGUUACGCACGACUCACUACUUCCUUCAGUGUUUGUGACCAAAGCGUCGUACCCUAAAGCCUUUUUGUGGCAGCAGAAGUUUCUAUUGUCUUUGCUGGCAAGGUGCAGUGGCCACACUUGGACCAACUGA